AUGAAGGCAUUCUCUGUGCUCGUGGUACUACUAGCGACAGUGGUCGCCUGUUAUACCCAGUGUCCAGACAUUGACUUGAGCAAGGACUGCUAUAACCUGCUGAUAAAGUAUGGAGUUAACCCUAUGUGUCCCUACUGCAGAGAAGACAGAUGCCCAGAGAGGUACAGUCCGGUGUAUGAAUAUGACGGAUGUGAAGUGAUGUGUCCCUCCAUUUGGCACUUUCCUAGACUGGACUGCGGUCAGAGAAAUUGUUGGGACGCUCAAGGAUCGGAGGGUAUAUGCAGACCUGAUAGAUGCGUUAAGAGGAAGGUCCUUCUCCGAUGCAACUAUUCUCGGGAACUUGUUGUAAAGGAAGUCUGCAUCUCCCAGUGCUGUUCUUGUUACGCAAUUAAGGGCUGAUCGCGCAUGCGUCUUACUCCA